UACAUAAUAUGGAAAAUAAUUUAAUAUUAAUAGUGACAUAGUAAAUGAUUCUUCAGAAAGUUCCUCAGAGGAAGAACUUGAAAUUUGUCCACAAUAUGUGAAUAAAUCGCGAAAUAUAUGAUCACGGGUUAUUGGGUAUGUGGAUGUAAUUAAUGGAUAGAGUAACUUUGGUUAAUAAAGUCCGCUAAGCUAACCUAAAUAUCUUAAACGACCGUGCAAGCCCAGAUUUGAAUUUCGGGCGUCGUGGGCUUUAAGCGGUCGCCAUUUGUGACGUUGAAGCUGCAGCGUGGGUGGUGCCGUCGUUAUGUGGAACUAGCAAUUAGGCGACAUGAACUUUACGAUCGUUAAGUGGAACUUACCCAUAACUGCGAAAAAUAAGACUAAAGGAACUUGGCGAAGGGCCCACAAAGGUAAAAAGGAGAAGAGAAAAUGCGCGGGAAAAUUCGGAAGGUUAUGUCUGCGAGUUGAAAAAAUGUACGCGGAAAAAGCUUGUAAUUUGAUAAAAGAGCUGGCGAGGUCCGAGGAAGUGUUAGCGCCCUACAAUGUGGAUUUGGUGAAAGAUGUGGCGAACGAAAUUAAGGAACUGCACGCUCAGAACAUUAAAGACGGGUCGACGAUAUUUAACGAAAGCGGGGCGGUUGGCACAUCCGCCAACGCGCUGUACCCGACCUUAAGGAUCGGCAAUGCGGCGCUGAAACGCAAUGUACGAUGCUUCCAAGCGUAUCACUACAACAGGCUAAGGAAAAUCAGGACGAUGCGAUGGGAAUUUGGAAGUAUUUUGCCACCAGAUAUCAAAACAAACUUGAGUAACUUGGAAUCGGAGUGGUUCUCCAAAUAUUCAAGGACCCUCGCGAAUUACAUGAGGUCUAUCGGAGAAGAUGGCUUAAACUUGGCCAUUAACUUUAAACCUCCAAAAGCGCUAUACAUUGAAGUGAGAUGCUUGUUAGAUUAUGGCAAAUAUGAACUAAGUGAUGGAACAGUUGUUCUGCUCAAAAAAGACAGCAGACAUUACUUACCACGCAGCGAGUGCGAGGAGCUUAUAAGACAAGGCGUUAUUCAGCAUAUCGUUUGAUUGUUAUUUCUUGAUAUUAAAACCUUAUUUUU